AUGGCGGGUGUUGUGUUGGCAACAGCGGGCUACGACCACACCAUACGCUUCUGGGAGGCAGCGUCUGGCACAUGUAAUCGCACAGUCAAGUAUCCAGACUCGCAAGUGAAUUGCUUGCAGAUUACGCCGGAUAAAAAGUACAUUGCAGCAGCAGGGAAUCCUCAUAUCCGUCUGUUUGAGAUAAAUAGUAACAAUCCAAACCAUGUGACGAGCUACGACGGCCACGCGAGCAAUGUGACGUCGCUGGGCUUUCAGCGCAACGGAAAGUGGAUGUACUCGUGCUCGGAUGACGGCAGUGUGAAAAUAUGGGACCUACGAGCUCCUGGUUGCCAGCGGAGCUACAAUGCAGGUGUGCCACUAAACGCAGUGGUGCUACAUCCGAAUCAGGCGGAGCUGCUGGUUGGAGAUCAGAACGGAUUCGUACGUGUAUAUGAUCUCACAGCUAAUACUUUGGUCACGAAGCUUGAGCCACCAACUGGAGAUACAGGAGAGAGCAGUAUUCGCUCAGUGGAUAUUGCGCGUGAUGGUAGUGCAUUAGUAGCAGCGAACAAUCAUGGCAAGUGUUUUUUUUACCGCCCGAAACCGGAAAGCCAUUAUCACUUGCAUGGGUCGCUUCAAGCUCAUAAUGGUUAUAUCUUGAAGACGAAAAUUAGCUCCAAUGGCAAGUUUCUAGCUACGUGCUCAUCCGACAAAACGGCCAAGGUAUGGAACCUUUCGGUGGCCAUGGCUGCUUCGGCAAACGGUGAGACGCCUGAAGCCGAGAUGCACGGCAAUGGAUCGAUUAGUUCUCAGAAACAGACGAGUUCUUCCAGUGUGAGCUCUACGCUAGGUCCUACAACACCCCCUGUACCAAGCAGCAGUGGCCUUAUCCAUACACUGCAGGGUCAUCAGCGGUGGGUGUGGGACUGUGCAUUCUCGGCAGUGUCGUCAUAUUUAGUGACUUGCUCGUCGGACCAGAGCGCUCGGCUUUGGGACCUGAGUCAGGGUGAAGCCAUUCGUCAGUACAGUGGCCACCACAAGGCCGUCAUCUGCGUGGCUCUCAAUGAUGCCGUGGCAGAUUGA